ACCUAAACUAAAACCCCAGGACCCAGCACCUUUUUUUUUCGUCUUCUUCUCCCGCAAGCCACGGGCCCCGCGGCCGCGCCGAUUGCCAUGUCGCGAGCCCUCCUCCGCCACCGCCACCUCCUCCUCACGGGGGCGCGGAGCGGCGCCGCCGCCCACCCCUUCGCCGCCGCCGCCUCCUCCUCCCGGGCCGCCUCCUCCCACACCGCCCGGUCCGUCCAUCCCUCCGCCGCCGCAGCGGCCGCGGGCGCCCAAGCGGAGCCUGCGGCGGCAGCGGCAGCCGCGGCGGCUGCGCCCGAGUCCUCCGCCGGAGCGGGCGAGCAGCCCUCGCCGCCGCCUCCCCCCGCAGCGCGCGGGCGUUGGGGCCUGCUCAAGUUCGGCGCCUUCGCGGCGGUCGCUGGAGCCACCGGCGGCGUCGGAUACGCCACCUACGCGUAUUCGCUGCCGGAGGUCGAGGAGAUGACGCGGGAGUUCAGGACGAAACAAGCGCCGACCGUCCCUGACGAUGCUUCCGCGUUCGAGAAGUACAAGGCUAUGGUGUACUCGAAAGCUAUGAAAGCUCCCGUUGCAGCAAUAGAGAUGUACUUGGAUGUUAGGAGCACAAUUGAAGACCAUGUCAGGGGCUUUACUGAACCCACAUCAGACAAACUGCUACCAGAUCUACUUCCUGAAGAGCAGCAUGUCUUCACCCUAGUUCUUGAUCUGAAUGAAACACUUGUCUACUCUGAUUGGCAGCGUGAGAGAGGAUGGAGAACUUAUAAGAGACCAGGAGUUGAUGCAUUUUUGGAACAUAUGGCAAGAUUCUAUGAAGUUGUUGUGUAUUCUGAUCAGCCACCUAUGUAUGUUGAACCUGUGAUUGAGAGGCUGAACUCAAGGGGUACCAUUUUACACAGGCUAUCAAGACCUGCAACUAAGUACAUGGAUGGAAAGCAUUAUCGGGAUUUAUCGAAGUUGAACAGAAAACCUCAACAGGUUAUUUAUCUCAGCGCCCAUGCUCUUGAAACUUGCUUGCAACCUGAAAAUUGUGUUGAAAUCAAACCUUUUAAACUUGAAAGUGAUGACACCCGACUGCUUGAUCUCAUUCCGUUUCUCGAGUAUGUGGCCAUGGCCAGACCUUCUGACAUUAGGACAGUGCUUGCAUCAUAUCAAGGUCAUGAUGUUGCUGCUGAGUUUAUCGAGCGUUCAAAGGAACACCAGAGGCGAAUGCACGAUCAGAGCAAACAUGGACGCUUAUGGAGACGGUGAAGGAUCCUGGAACAAUUAUGCACUGAUUUAUUUGUGAAUUCUAGUCAUGGUGGUGUUUCUGAAAGAAAAGCAUAUGGAACCUUUGUCCUCGUCCGUAGUCAAAUUAUUGGCUGCUCUGUAGGGAUAUCUCGUAGUUUUGGCAGUUUAGGUUUUGGCUGAUUGAGGCAUCCUAAGAUCAUCGGUUGAAUGGUCAAUGUUGAGACCAUGUGAUUCAAAUUUUGCUUUGAUGGAGUUGUCACCACGUGCUUCAUAUAUGCUGAAAACUGAAGUGCAGAUGUUCUUCGGCGGUUGUAGCAUCUUCCGUCAAAUUUUUUUUUGGAUUAUCUGCUUCAUCUGCAGGUGUUCUUUAGAUCUGUAGAAUCGAAGGGAUCUGCCUUUUGUCGACAUGUAACAGGGGAUCUUUAUGUGGGAAACCCUGGUACCGUAAAGGUUGUUUCACUCAUUGAGUCAUCCGAGUCUAUUUUUUCUUA